AUGGACGAGAGGGAAGAAGAGAAAGUAUUCAUAUAAUAAUUGCAAAAAUUUUGGGAAUAAAGAGGUGUAACUAUUAAAAUACCUCAAAUUGGUGGUAGAGAAUUGGAGGUUUUCAAGCUCUACAAGGCAGUCACCAAAAGAGGAGGUUUAAAGGUUGUAUCAGCAAAUAAAUUAUGGAAAGAAAUCGUAGAUCAAUUCUCGUUUCCAGCCACUUGUACUUCAGCCUCAUUCACCUUGAGGAACCAUUAUCAAAAAUUGUUAUUGGCAUAUGAAUAAAAAUAUUUCUUUGGAAAAGAGGAUGGUUACAUAUACGAUGAAGAAAUGAGCUCGAAUAGAAAGAAGACUAAAAUAGGCUUUGAAGAAGAAAAUCAAUAGGCAAGUUAUGCGGUAGAAGCUGAGGAUAGACAGCAUCAAAUGGAAUUUAGUGGAUAACCUCUGAGUACUCUUUUGAAUUAAAAUUAUUCAAAGGUGGAAAAAGCAGAAACUAUACUUUUUAUCAAGAAAUCUAAAAUCUAAGCAUAGGCAAGCGAAGUUAAAAGAAUUAUGCUUGCUUUUGAAAGUAGAAUUGAUGAUGAACUCACAUUCGCCAUCAAUAAUUUAUUGAUGUAUUCUUGCAAUUACUCAUAAAGCUUUCUCAUAGACUAGUAUCCACAAUUACUUGAUACUAUUACUUCGUAUAUUGAAGAUACUAUUAAAUAAAUUAGUUACCUCAAUAAAUCUUACUCUUAUAAAACUUGUCUUUAAACAGUAGGAUAACAAUAAUUGGAAAAUCUAGGAUAAUAAUAGCGAAAAUCUAUGCAAGUUCAAACCGAUUUAAUCAAAAAUCAAAAUGUAUUAGAAAACUAUAAUUCUCAUAUAUCAGUCAUCAUGAAUGAUCAAACAACUGAAUUGGCUAAGCCAAGUGAGUUGAUCUAUUAGAAAAAAUACAUAGAUUUGAUUUAAGGGAAUUAUGAAAAAAAAGCAGAGUGUAAACAUUUGGAAAAAUUGAGAACUUUAUUUGUAGCUCUAAGAAAUUUAGCUAUGAUUAGAGCUAAUGAAGCUUGCUUUAUGAAAUAAGAUAAGUUACUAUCCUUUUUUUAUUAAAUUCUUUUGUCUGGAGCAGAUUAAGAAUUAUCUAAAUCAGCAUUAGAAAUAUUCUCAGUCUUAUCAAAACACAUAUACCUAAAGCAAUCAGUCUAUAUGGAUAACUUUAUGUAAAAACUAAUCGAAAUUCUUAAUGGCGAAUCAUAUGAGGAUAUAGGGUUAGUCACAGAAACUCUCAGAAAUAUGAUAUCUAUCUCAGAUAACGAAGCCAUAAUUGAAGGAGCCAUUGGAGAAUAUAUAGAUUAAUUAGCAAGAUUACUAAUAUAUUAGAAUUAAGAAUUAAGAGAAAUUGUUUUGGAGUUCUUCUGUUACUUAAGUGAUUUAAAAAUGGCAACCAGGUUAUCCAUAGCUAAGCAUCCUAAAAUAUUAUAAAGGCUUGUUGCUAUUUUGAGCAUAGGGUAAAUUAAGAACAACUCUCUGAAAUAAUAAGAUCAAAGAACUAAUCAAGAUAAAAUCAAUGAAAAACACGUCAAAUUAGCUGCUAUCACUCUCAAUAAUAUAUCAUAGGCUCCAGCGGCAAAAUAAUAUUUGCUUAUUUUUGAAAAGGAAUUAUUUUUGGUGGCUGCAUCUGAUGAAACUGUCACUCCUUUGCUUUCAUAAAUCCUUUUUGAGUUAUCAUUAGUAGAAUGAAUUUUAAAUAUAUUUUAAACAAAGCUAAUAGAUUUA